UCCAGCCCCUAGCUGGAGCCGAACGAACUCAAGCCCAAGAUUCUCGCGAUUUCUGGGAUCCCAGAGGAAAACUCGAGCGACGCGUUUCUCUGACGCACUUCCGGGGCGCCGGAGCUGAGAGAAGCCGCGUUGGCUGCUGGGCCGCUGGGCACCGGGAAGAUGGUGGUCACCAGGUCCGGGCGAGCUCGGACAAGCAUCCCAGCCACGUCGGCUGAAAGCUCCCAGCAGGAGAAUUCUGCUGCUAUUGGGUCUCAACCACAUCCAGAAAGCAGGAAGGAAUCUAGAUCUAAUGACCAAAGUCCUGAUGAAUCACAUACCACUGGGAAACCAAGAUCAAUCCCCAGAACUCCCAAAACCAAAAAGAGGAAGAGCAGAACUAUAGGCUCACCACCAGAGGUAACUGAACCCUCAACUGAUGAUGAGAUCUCUGAAGCAGAGUCAAAUUAUUCUUCUGUGUCUGAGCACCAGGAUACCAUUUUAAGAGUAACUAGGAGAAGGCAGAUCUUAAUUGCAUGCCCUCCAGUGUCCAGUGUUAAGAAAAGGCCAAAAAUAACUAUAACAAAUGAGUCUCAUGAGUCUCAUAAUGAAGAAGUUGUCUCUGAAGCAGAAUCUCAUGUUUCAGGUAUUUCUAGAAUUGUGCUUCCCCCAGAAAAGACAACAAGAACCAGAAGUAAGGCUAAAUCUCUGGCAGAUCCAAGCCAACAAUCACAUACUGAAGCUGCAUCUGAUGCUAAGACAUCAUGUUCAGACAUUUCAUUCUCUGGAAUUGAUGCCAGGAGAACCACCAGAAGCCUGCAGAGGAAAUUAGAGGCACAAACUGAGAAGAAAGAUAGUGAGAUUUUACCAGGGAAUGAGAAGCAAAAUGUUGAUGUUCCUGUGAAUUCAGAGGAUUCAGACACUAGACAAAUUUCUCAUUUACAAGCAAAAUGUCUUUCUCCAAUAAAUAAACCGUAUUUUUCAAAUAAUGGCUUUGAUGAUGAUUCCUUUCACAGAAAUUCAGAAAAAAUACUAACAGUGCAAAAAUGCCAACUUUCUAAUGUAAGAGAUGAAAAACAGGCCAAUAUUACAUCUCUUACAGAAAUAAGAAAGCGCAGUUACAAGGAUGUGGAUGAAGAGGCUAACAAAAUAAUAGAUGAAGAAAAGGAAAUUAAUGAGACAAGUUCUCAGUUGAAUUAUCUUUCUGAAUUUCAGGACACUAGUGUUCAGCACUUUGUUUCUCACAGGCAUUCAACCCCGCAAAAUAACGAUGCCACAUCAGAGCCCUCAAGUAUGAACUCUGAGGCUAUACUGAAAUCACUAGCUCAGACAUUUGCAGUUGUGGAAGUGGACAGAUGGACUGAAAAGAGAAAGAGCACCGUAGAAACAAGUGACCUGACAAAGUUUGAUGUUUGUGGUGGUAGUGAUGAUGAAGAAGAAUUCACCAUUAUAGGUGACAGUGAAGACGAGAACAGUGAAGGGAAUGUAGAUCUUGAAGAUGAUACCAAACUGUAUGUGUCUGAGCACAACAAAUCACAGGGUAAAGAGGAUUCUGUUUUGCUGGUUCUCAGCAGUGAUGAAAGCCAGCAGUCUGAAAACAGUGAGGAUGAAGAGGACACUAGGUGUUUUGUUGAAAAUAAUGACCAAAGAGAGUCAUUAAGUGGAGACACAGGAAAUGUGCCAUGUGACAGUGCGUUGUUUGUAAUUGAUACAACUCCUGGACUGAGUGCUGAUAAAAAUUUUUACUUGGAAGAGGAAGACAAGGCAAGUGAGGUUGCCAUCGAGGAAGAAAAAGAGGAGGAGGAAGAGGAUGAAAAAAGUGAAGAACCAUCAGACCAUGAGAAAGAUGAAGAUGAGUUUAGUGAUGAAGAAGACUUACUAAAUAACACAAAGGCUAAACUUCUGAAGUUGACAAGCAGCAGCAUAGACCCUGGCCUGAGUAUCAAGCAAUUGGGUGGUUUAUAUAUCAAUUUCAAUGCAGACAAACUGCAGUCUAACAAGAGAAACCUAACACAGAUUAAGGAGAAAAGGAAAAAUGAACUUCUGCAGAAAGCCAUCAUUACACCUGAUUUUGAAAAAAACUACUCUGUCCCACCAUAUAGUGAAUCAAAGCAUCAACUUCAGAAAAAACGCAGAAAAGAACGACAGAAAACAGCAGGGGAUGGCUGGUUUGGUAUGAAAGCUCCGGAAUUGACAGAUGAACUGAAAAAUGAUCUCAGAGCACUGAAGAUGAGAGCAAGCAUGGACCCUAAAAGGUUUUAUAAGAAAAAUGAUAGAGAUGGCUUCCCCAAGUACUUCCAGAUUGGAACCAUCGUUGACAAUCCUGCUGAUUUCUACCAUUCACGAAUUCCUAAGAAGCAAAGGAAAAGAACUAUUGUGGAAGAACUGCUGGCUGAUUCUGAGUUUAGAAGGUAUAACCGAAGGAAGUAUUCAGAGAUCAUGGCUGAAAAAGCAGCAAAUGCAGCAGGGAAAAAGUUCCGAAAGAAGAAGAAAUUUCGCAAUUAAGAUUUAUCAAGUAAACCACAACAUUUUACAUCUCCCUGUUCUUUACUAAAGAUUUUUUUUUUUUACUAAAGACAUUUUGAAAAUUAACAGCAUCUAAAUUAUGUUGGCCCUGUUAAUAUAGGGAAAUUGAUUUGGAAAAAGUUGAGAAUCAUGUGCCCCUUGGUGUCUACAAAUGACAUCCACCUCUCAACCAUUUUGGGAUACUUAAAUUUUUUGUAAAGUUUUCAGUGCUUGGUUAUUCAAAAAAAAUCUAAAAGAUUGCAUUUCUUCUAA